AUGAAACUUGACACACAUUCACACAUAUACACACAAACACAAGCAUGCACAUUGCAUUGCACAACUUCAUCUUAAAUUACAAAAAAGUACCACGUUAACAUUAAAAAAUUAUGCUUUUAAAGACAUUAAUAUAUAUUUCAUCCAUAUCUGCUACAUCCACUGGACAGUUGCAAAUAACUGUUUAUGAUCAUAAUGAAACAAAUGAUGGGUUAUCUUGCUGUACUACAGCAAAAUGACAUUUUUUUUAAUAUUUAAAAAAAGGACAACAUUUUAAAUUUACAUGGACUACUUGUAAACAGAAAAAAGAAAAUAUACCUUAUAUUAACAAAUGAUUUAACAAAAACGAUAGAUAGAUAGAUAGAUAGAUAGAUAGAUAGAUAGAUAGAUAGAUAGAUAGAUAGAUAGAUAGAUAGAUAGAUAAACCGACAAUGUGAGUUACAUCUUCGUGUCAACAGGGGGCGCUGGAUCCUUAUUUUGAACACCAAUUCCUCAUUAACAUCAUUACGAUUAGUUCAAAGGUACUAAUUGUAAAACCCCCUAUCAUUCCGGUGUUUAAAAAAUAAUAAAUAAUAAUUCGACCUCAGUCUUCAUUUCAAUUUAUGUUUAUAAUCACUUUGCCUACGGUAUUAUUUAAAACUUUAAAUAAUAAAUAAAUGACAGUGCCAAACAACUCCUGGGUGUAACAAACAGCAGCCCCAACAGGCCUGAUAAGUGACUUCAUUGAACUGUCUUAUGCUACUACAGCUAAACCAAACAAAUGAUGUACGAUGGAAAAACCACUAAUUAAACGCAAAAGGCCAGUGUAAUGUAUUAUCAUUCUAUCCGUCGUUUAUAUCUAGAUCAAUCACGAGGAUACUCCAAUAACAACAACAACAGAGCAACUUCCCUUUCAACGAAAUUCAAAUGUGUGUGCAUUCCCUUUAAAUGAACAUACCACUUCAAGAGAAGGUAAGACCUGACCGCAAAACGGACUAAGUACGAUAUUCCUUCUCUCGCUGUGACUCGAUCAGGUCAGCUAGCUAGCAAAAGUGGCUGCUAUUAUAAACAACGUAUAUAACAAAGUUUAGGUUUGAUUUGCUCCGAUAGUUUAUUUGUUGUGUUCCGCGCGAACCCCUCUCGCCGGGGCGGAUGGUAGCGCCCAGCCCAUCUGUUCUCCUCCUGUGAAAUGCGGAUUGAAACAGAUUGUACGACUCUACGGGUCGCAAUGGCUACUGCACCGCAAGGACAACAAGUUUUACUGUUCAGUUAAACAAGUCUCGUGUGAGGAACCCGCCGGACGGAAUCGUCUAAGCCGCGCUUGUUAAUGCGAGACACUCGUUGGAUAACGUAAAAAUGUCCCAGGGAUGUAUAACUUCUGCGGAGGAGAUCCAGUCUUGGUGGGAAGUCCCCGCCAUAGCGCACUUCUGCUCUCUCUUCAGGACGGCGUUCAAUUUACCAGACUUUGAAAUCGAGGAACUUGAGCAAGCACUACUGAAACAAGACCAAGACUUCCUCUCAGACCUCCUCUGCUCCCUGCUGAAAGGAUGUUACCAGCGAAGAGACAUCACAAUUCAGUCCUUUGGCAGUUACCUGGAAGACAUUAUCAAUUACCGCUGGGAACUGGAAGAAGGGAAGGCCAAUCCACUGAAGGAGCACCAGUUUGAAGAGCUGCCACCCCGCACACAGGUGGAACUCUUGCACAGACUCUGUGAUUAUCGUCUUGACGCUGCUGAUGUCUUCGACCGGCUCAAGGGCCUGGAUGCAGAUAGUUUACGUGUUGAGCCUCUGGGCCAGGAUGGGAAUGGGGCCCUUUAUUGGUAUUUUUAUGGUACGCGGCUGUACAAAGAGGAGCCAGUUGAACCAAUGUCUCCCCAAUACAGUGACAGUUACGACAGAGAAAAGAAAAGAAGAGGGAGGCCACCAAAGAAGUCUGAAGAUAGACUGGCAACGGAUGAGGAGGGGGAAGACUCUGUGAAGGAAGAGGAUGAAAUUGUUGUGGAGCCCAAGUCUGUAAUAGAGCGUUGCGAGCGUGGGGCCUGGUCUCUGGUGUGUGAUACAGAGGAGCAGUGGGUCAGUCUGGCUGAAAGUGUCAAGGACAAUAUCUCUCCUCAGGACCGGCACCUGCACCGCAUCAUCACUCAAAACUUCCUGCCUGAGAUCAGAAACAUGAUUGAACACAAGGAGAAAGAGAUGAAGCAAAAGCUACUUAAUCCGCCCAAGGAGCACAACAGCUAUCACCAUACUGAACAAAAUGGCAGCAAAGAGAAUGGGACACGAGCCACAAAUGAGGUGGACAAGCAGAAGGAAGAGGACCUGGAAAGACAAGUCCUGCUCGCUGAACAACGAAAAGAAGAAGAGAGACUGCUUCAGGAGGAACGGGAGAGAGAGGAACAGGAGAGAGUCAAAGCUGUCGAGGAGCGUGCACGUAGAAGGAAGCAGCGAGAGGAGAAGGCCUGGUUGCUCUCUCAAGGAAAAGAACUUCCCCCUGAACUGCUGAAUCUGGAGACUCACUCACCUAGUCGCCGAACACGUCGCACCAAACAGUUUUAUGACAUAGAUGAUGAUUACACAGCUCUCUACAAAGUGUUGGAGGCCCUGAAAGCACACAAAGAUGCCUGGCCUUUCAUGGAGCCUGUUGAUGAGUCUUAUGCCCCCAACUAUCAUGAAAUCAUACAGACUCCAAUGGACCUGUCGACCAUCGAGAGAAAGUUGAAUGAUGGGGAGUACGUUGCUAAGGAUGAGUUUGUGGCUGAUGUAAAGCUUAUGUUUGAGAACUGUCUCGAAUACAAUGGAGAAGAGAGUGAAUACACAAUAAUGGCUGAGUCCUUGGAACGCUGCUUUAGCCGAGCCCUACUGAAGCAUUUUCCUGCUGAGGAUGGAGACACAGAUGAGGAGUUUCAUGUGAGCAGUGAGGAUCGUGACCGCAAGGAUAAGAAGAAGAGCAAAAGUCACAAACAGUCAGGUCCUGAGAGCUUGAUCAGAGCCACUGAGCAAGUUCAAAAACGCAAAACAUCCAAUAGUGGAAAAGGAAACAAUCAGCAACAAGAUAAACCUAGAUCUGCUUUACAAUACCCUCCCCCACACUACACCAAUGGUCCCCCUUAUCCUCAUAACAUCCACCCAGGACAGCAGCAGACUGGCAUGCUACAUCCUGCUCAACAGUUUCAACAGUCUGCAGGUCCUUUGGGACCAGGAAUGUAUGCUCAACGAAUGAUGAUUGAUCCUCAGUAUCCAUAUCCUGGACAGAGAUCCCUCAUGUCCAGACCACCAGUGGAACAUGGAAAUCAGCAUAUUCCUCAGUACAACAUGCAGGGUUCCCACAUAAAUGGUCCACAUCUUGGACCUAGAUAUCCAAUUGGACCUGAUGGCCAACCGCUUCAACCUCCACAUCAGCAACAUUCUUAUCCUGGUCCUACUCAUGGUCCUUCUCUUGGCCCAAGGCCAAUGACCCUUCAGCCUGGAGGUUUCUGUGCCCCUCCACCUGAGGGCAACAUGUACCCUUCACAGCAGCAUCCAGAAGGGCAGUCCAUGCAGCCUAUGGGGAACCGGUACCCCAGGCCAGGUGUCCCAAUGCAUAGUUCCUACCCUCCUUAUGGACCCCAUAGUAUGAACGUGCCCAGGAUGUGGCCUCCCAUGAACCAUCAUGGGCAGUCAACACCUGGUGGACCUAUGAUUCAAGAGCAGAGUGCUACAAGCCAGCAUCCAUACAAUAACAACAUGAUCCGUCCUCCACACAGUACUGGUUAUGCAAUAACAAAUGGACAAUAUAGAAUGCCCUCUGUCAGCUCCCAAAGUCCCAUUGGCCAAAGACCACCAGGGGGCCCCCAGGUCUCAAGGCCACAUUUGGCUUCCAUGCUUGAUAGCCCAGAGAUGAUUGCCCUCCAGCAGCUCUCAGCCCCAUCAUCUCAUCAUGUUGAGAACUUUCAGCCCGCCCCACUAAGUGGUGGUAAUGCUUUAGCUUCUGCUGAAAACCAGCUCAUCAGGCCUGUUAGAGAUGGUUCUUCGGACAUCCAGCACACUCCCGUAUCCCCCAAAGGUGUGAGUCCAAAAUCUGGUGAUAAACCAUCAACUAGAGAAAAUGCUCUGACUGAAGCUGACAGCCAUUCUCAUCCCAAUCCAAGAGAAAAAUCUGAGCAACCUUCUUUAGGAACAUCUUUGGCAUCUGUGUCCAAUUCAAGCAUGGAAGGCCCCAGUCAGAAUGAAGAGAAACCUAGAUUGUCAAAUCUAGAGAAAAUCCACAGUGAUAACCAUGCAAAUUCUCAAUUCCAACCAGGUCCCCCACAGCAAAAAUCUGUGGAUGACUCUUCAUUACACCUAAAUGGUUCUCAGCCAAUGUCGCAUAAAACUCCAGAUAAUAUUCCCCAGUAUCACUCUCAACAAAUCCAUAAACAUGUUCCACCACAGUAUAUUCAGAAUGGUUCUCAACGACAGUCUCAGAAUGUUCCUUCACAUGUUCUGCAGAAUCUUCCUCAACAGAUGGCACAAAAUGCAUCUCAUCAGUAUGCUCAGAACAGCUCACCACAAAUCCCACACAAUGGAUCAGUCAGAGGGCCACAGGCAGGACCUCUUCAUGGAAUGCCACAAAUUCCACCUCAGGGCAGUCAGCCUGGUGUUCAUCAGCCUACAACCCUUAGCUCUCUACCUCCUAGCCACCCUGUAUCACAUCCACUUGCUCAACCCUCUCCAGCUGAUCAGGGAGACCAAAGGCCUUGUGAGCCUACCAGCAGGAAAGUGUCAGGUGGGAGUACAUCUUCCCAAGAUAAUAACAACGCUAACAUGAGAACUGAUUGUGCGAGCGGGCUUUUCAAACCACAACCUUUCAGUCCAGAGUCACAAACCCAGCUAGGAAGGCAGGAGCUAGCACCCCUUCACAAUCAGGCUCCUCCAAUACACUCUCAGGUUCCAGAGAGUAACACUGUGACCCAGUAUGGUACAACUGAGCCAGCACAUCAACACUUUGGCCCACAGAUGGGUAGAGGAUUACUCCCACCAAAUCACCAGCCUUAUCCAAACCAUGGACCACCAUCACAGGGAAAUAACCCUCAUCAAAAUCCUGCACACUAUCCUGCUUAUCACCAACAAGGUGUUUCAUACCAGUACCGCAUGGCCACACAGCAUCCUCAAGGUCAAUCCAGCAUGUAUCCUCAGUUCCAGCAGCAGUUCUAUCAGCACCCCCGACAUAGCAGACCUGGAUUUCCAUCUGAGGAGUGGCCUAGACCUCCAUACCAGCCUCAGCACCCAAUGAUGCCCAAUUCUUACCCAUCACCAUCCACUGGAAGUUUUAAUGGUCGACACAAGGAAAAUAGCAUGUCUCCACAUGGCUCAGAUGGAUCGGUUGGGAGCUUAAUGUCACCUAGUCCUUUACCUGAUGGGUCCCAUAGCAGUGCUUUGGAAAACAGAGAGGAUGGCAGCCCCGCUAAACAGGCAAGGACUGAAGAACCUUCUGAGCGUUCUGAGAGCCCAAAGGAGAUCUUGGACCUGGACAGCCAUAAUGCAACAGCUCAACAUCGUAAUUCAGCUCAGCCACACCCCAGUUUCCCAUAUGGGCCUCGUGGCAUGCAGCAGAGUGGUGCUCCUCCACCCCAUAUGGUGGUAAGUGGGCCGUAUUCUGGCCAGCACUUUCCCAGUCCACAUUUUGCAGCACCCCAUCCUCAUCCACAUUUGAUGGAAGCUUUACAGAGGCCCCAGCACCUACCUUUCUCUCCAGGCCAAUCUCGCAUGGCUAUGUAUAGGCAUUCAAAUGUUGCAGGACACUUCCAGGGAAUGAUGGUUCCUCAAAGAGCAGUGGUUGCAGAACACUUACUUCGCACUGGGCACCAGAUGUUGGGUACAACUUCUCCCAAUGGUCCAGGCAAUAAACAAGGAGUAUGAAAAGUAGGAUUUCAUUGGAAAAUCAAGGAAAAUGUAUAUCUUAGAAUAUUGUUACAUCCUGAAAUAUACAAAAAGGUAGAGACAACAAAAUAUUAAGAUUGUUGAUAUGACCAUUUGCUGAAAAAUGCAAGUUAUCAUUUGAAGUCCUGAUCCUCAGACAUACUCCACUACCCACCUAUAAAAUGUUUUUGAGAUAGAGAUAACCCAUCCAAGUCUGGAUUAGGUAACCAAGAGGUGGGAUCAUUGACCAAUGAAGAGCUGUGAAUCUUCAGUCCUGUUUAUUGCUCAAAUACUGUUUGAACUUCAUAAUACUGCUCCACAACUUCUCCUUUCAGCCUGGAAUAUCUUUUUGGUCUCAUUUCCUACAAAGGAACAACAUCUCCAAUUUCCUUUUGGAUGGGCUUUUAAUUGGGAAGUAGAUAAACAGUUUUUUCCCAGGUCAUGAGAAGAGCAAAAUGUGAUUUUACCAGUUCAUGUUCUGGUUUAAAGUUAAACUCAGGUGUAGUAAAUAUGGUACUGGGUCUACUGGAGCUUUUUCCAAGCUUUGUGGACAAACUAGACCCAGUUGCCUUCAUGUACUUGUUGAAUGUUCGGUGAAAGAUUUUCAAUAUAGUAGUAAUUCAACUUAAGGAAUAAAAGAUGGAUCUUGUGCUCCACUGUGCAACACCUUACCUGGAGUGUUUUAAUGAGGUGAUGUUCAUCUCAACUAAAACAUAGUAUCCACUUGGUUUCUGGUAAUGUGCAUUGUUUUAAUACCACUUCAAUUUGAAGAUUGUCUUUUUUUCUUAGACUGGCAGAGAACUUGGCUGCUCUAUUUGUUAUGCACUAGGAAUAGUCUUUCAUACUGGAAUUAGUGGCCUUGGACAUAAAUUAGACGUUUGCUCCUUUUGUAUGGGACUAAAUUCUAACUUUUCACUCAAGUUGUCUCUAACUCUGAUGUGUUGUCUUGUUCCAUAUUGAUGUGUCCUGCUAAUUUGUGUGCACAGAAUGAAUCAGAUUUCAGAUACUGAGGUAGCCAUCUUUCACCUCUUAAUAUCUAGUUUUCUAGUAAUCUAUAGCUUUUGGGAUUCCUUGAAGGCUGGUUUAUUGCUUUCACCUGAUAUCAUUCAUCACUGGUCAUCAAUCUUAAAAUAUUAUAAUUUUUUUUUCUUUCAUAUAUUGGAAUGUAAAUUGAAUUUUUGUCUCAAUUGACAACCAGCUGGAGUCGCAAUACUAAAAAUGCAUUAGAUUAGAGAAUAUAUAUCAGCCUUAACUUGUAAAAGUACCACUGUAGCUCCUUUUAUCAAAUAGGAGAAAUGUUGACGUGCUCAUAUUUUACAUGUAUGCUUUCACUUUUAAUUCAAUGUACUGAAUGUGUCCUCAGGGUGUAGUGGUUUUAAUACGGGUAUUGUCAAUAGAAUCUUCAUAGGAAAAAAAACUGCAAUUAAAUGUCACUGGAACUGUUUAACUUCAAUUCAUCUGUUGUCUUCAGUACAGACAUAGGAACUGGGCAAGCAGUACUUGGGGUUAAUGGUGUUCUUUGAAUUAGUUUUAAAUGCUUUUUUUCUUUUUAAUAGAGGGGAAAAGGUUGAUCUAAAUGAACUAGAACUUUUGUUCAUUUUAAUUUCUCCUACUAUUGUCCUGCACUAAAUGAAUUUUUUUAAUUAUUAUUAUUGUUCUCUCGGUCUGUCUGAAUUACUAUUUUACUCAGAUCUUGUUGACAAACCAUUGAAAAGAAACAGCAAUUUGUGAAUAUGGCAGCAAGAAUAUCUACCUCAUAAUGCCAGAUUGUGGCACAUUCUUCAUUCCCUUCAUAGACGCAUGCAAAAAAAAAAAAGAAAAAAAAAUGUUUUGGACACUUCAAUAUCCUUUUUAUGAUUUACCGCUCGAUUCAUUCAUCAACACUAUAUAUAGCCUUAAUAUGUUCACUUGCAAAACCGAAGGGUAAUUAUUAAUUUAUCAGUGCCAAGUUUGAACAUGAUUAAAACCAUCUGCAUUCCACUUUUUGAAUGUUGGUGUUUAGAACCAUAAGUGAAAUGAAGGCAGCAUCCUAGAAGGUUUUGCCAUCAUUUUGUGGAAUCCAUGCUGAAGUGGAAAAGAGGUUGUACACCUUUUGUGGGAAGGAUUUGAGUGAUUUUUGUGGAACACUGAGAUCAUUUGUCCCAGAAACCUGUGAUGGUGCAAAAUGUUGGAGAGUAAUAUUUUAGUAUUUUUGUGACAUGUGAACUGUUUAUAUGUAUUUUAUGAACUAGGGAUAUGGAAAUAUUAGCAGCCGUGAGAUGACAUGGACCUUGUCCACCAUUGUGUACCUGUCUUUGCUCAUAAGUUAAAAUGUAUCACUUUAGCAGUCUGUCAGAGGACUCUUUUCUCCACUGUUAAUAUAUAAAGGGAUGAUUUAGUUGUUAUGAACUACAAGAAUGUGUGGAUUUUGCUGUGUACAGAUGUUUUUAUUUUAUUUUCUUUCACCUAUUGGUGGCUAUUGGGUAACGGAUCUGUAUCUCGAAAUCCACCCUUCCACAUCUCUGCUGUCAUUUAUUCUGUCUGUACUAGUUAAGAAACUAGUUGGUUUAAUGUGAAUCAUAUUUAUUUGCUCUCUUGUUUUUUUUUUUUUUUUGUAAAUUUUUGUCUUUUUUUUUAUAUAUAUAAAUGUGUUGUUUGUUUUGAAACGGUUCACUUUACCUCAGUAGCAAAGAUGGCAUCCAAAACAACACCUGUAACUUUCAUUAUGUGAAGUUUACAAGUUCUUACCUGGCUGACAAAUUAUUUUGGAAAUGGACUGAAGUAUUUUCUAUACUGUACAUUUCUUAGAAUAAAUUACGUUUCAUUAGA